AUGGGGAUUGCUGUUCUCUUGUACAAGAGGCCGGCGAGUUUCGAAAAGCUCUUUCUUGAGUUUUUCAGGAGAUGGAUAAGAGGUGCACCUUUUAGAUUAGGUGUGGAUGAUAAAUUGUCAUCUUUUUUAUUCAAGGUUCUUCUUGUGUCAGAUAUUAAGAAGGAUCUUGGUUACUGUGGAUCGCGUCCAAAACAAAGGGCUUGGCGACAAAUUUCUCAAAGGUUGAAAGCACAUGGUAUUGUGGAGCAGUUUGACGCUAAGGUGAAUGGCAAGAUUGAGGCUUGCCUGCGCCUUCUUGACCCAAUAACUACAGAAUCUGGAAAUGAAGAUAAAAAGUUGAACUCUGGGAAAAUAUGUCAAGUUAUUGAUCAGCUUGUGGAGCUUCCCAUGGAGCAUCAAAUUUAUGAUAUUAUUGAUGCUGCAGGAUCUUGUGGCAUUACUUUGAAGGAGAUAUGUGAGAGGCUUGGGAUUGAACUGAAAAAGAGUCACAUUCGACUUGUAAAUUUGUGCUAUAGAUUUGGAAUGAAAGUGCAGGAAGAACAAUGCCUAAAAUCUAAGGCAAAUCGAGUUUGGAUUUCUAAAAAUUUCAACCCUGAACCAGAAGUUGGACUUAUUUGCAAGCUUGAUGAAAACAAAACUUUAAACAAUGUGCCUGACAGUUCAAAAAUAUUAUCUGAAUUUGAGACUUCAACUACCAGUGGAAAACUUGAUGACCCUGCAAAAUUGGAAGAUAGAGGUGUUGGUGCAGAACUAUCUUGUGUAUCUCCAAGAAAUACUGAGUCAAACUUUGUAGGAACGUCAGCAGACUUGCAAGAUUUGGUCCUUGACCGAAGAAGUACAGUUUCUCACUGCAAAUCGGUCAGUUCAUCAGUGGAGGCAGACAAUGCACCAUCAGGAGCAUUUCCAUCUGACAUGUUGAAACCAUUCUCUACUGGACCAAAUCAAAGAUAUGCAAGUUUAUCUUUAAGUGUGGAUAACACUAGAAGGGCAAAUAGGAUACUAGAAAGACUAAAGGAUGAAAGGUUCAUUUUGAAAUCUGAGAUAAAUAGGUGUCUUAUUUGCUUUGAGAAGGAUAAGUCUACAAAAGUGGACCGCAAGACUAUUGACCGAAUAUUAACUAAACUUCAAGAACAGGAGAAGGUCAAAUGUAUAACAGUACAUUCACCUGUUAUUUCUGAAUAUUCCAGGACAAAAGAUUGUGUGGUAGUUGUGCAUCCAUCCAUGAGUCUAACUCCUGAGUUAUUUGAUGAAAUUCAAGAUAGAAUACGAUCAUUUAAUUGUUAUAUUCACAGCAAAAGUGCUUCACAUCAGAAAAAUGAUUUAUUGCUACCUGUAAUGGAGGGUAUUCAGAAAAAUCAAAGCGUUAUAGUUCCAGAUGGGCAGGCUAGUAAAGCAGAAGCCAUGCGUGCUAAUGGAUUUGUAUUAGCAAAAAUGAUUCGUGCAAAGCUGCUGCACAGUUUUAUUUGGGAUUGUCUGCAUAGGUCAACAAGCCAUAUUGAUGUUUUAUCAUCUAAAAAAUGUGCCUUCGAGGGAACUGAUACUCCUCAUAGUAGCAGCAAACUAUUUUUUCUAGAAGCAACUAUUAAAGAAAUGCCAGUUGAACUAUUCUUAAAAGUUGUUGGUUCCACUAAAAAUUAUGAAGAAAUGAUUGGAAAGUGCAAGAUGGAUUUACAUCUCUCUGAUCUUCCUCCGGAGGAGUACAAGUUUUUAAUGGAUGCUCAAGCAACAGGAAGAUUGUCGUUAGUUAUUGACAUUUUACGGCGAUUAAAGGUAUUCUUGUUUACUGUUGAGUUAAAUUUGAGUCUUUGUUUUAAAUUGGAAUGAUUUAAAGUUUUUCUUUUGCAAUUACUUUUGUUUUGCUGGUUCCAUCUUAUUAAGG